AUGAAUGCCGAUAUUGAAUUGCAUAUUAAGAAUCAAUAUACGUGGAAAAGAUUGCCAGCUAAUAUCAAACGGGCUUUAGGUAACUCUGUCAAAAACUGGGAAAAACUCGUUGUUGAAUACAGCAUCAAGCAUCAACUGCGCUGGCGAGGAAAUAUCGUGAGGUUUAUUGAAAAAGAUGAAAAGGCUUAUUGCCAAGAAUUAAUCAACUACAGUCGAUCCCAUCUAAUGUUAUAUCCUUAUCAUCUGACUGAUGUAAUCUUGAAAGGACUGCGAAUUUCACCUUUUGCCUAUUGCUUGGAAAUCAUAGAAGAUAUGAUGACGAAAGAAAAAAGCUACGAUUCUUUACCCAAUUUUACUGCGGCGGAUUGCCUACGAUUGUUAGGUAUUGGACGCAAUCAGUACAUCGAUUUAAUGAAUCAAUGCAGAUCAAGUAGGAGAUUUUUUAGGCGUCGACCAAUACGAGAAAUGCUUCCUACAAAACCUGUCUUUCCUAAGGCCUUGCAGCCUUGGUGGACAGUUAAAAACGGUUUUAUAUCUGAGGAAGAUGUUAAACAGUCUUCCACAAAGGAACACAAAGCAAUAGAUUAUAUUAUUGACAACAACGGAGCUAUGGCCGGACUUAUUGACUUGAGUAUUGUCGAAUCCUUGUACACACGUGGCUUGAUUUAUGUUAAUGUUCCUAUAGCCGAUAGCGACAAAAUUAGUGUCCCACCACUUGAGGGAUUUGUAAUGAAUCGUGUACAGGGUGACUACUUCGAAACAUUACUAUAUAAAAUAUUUGUGUCCAUAGACGAAAAUACCGAUGUAGCUGAGCUUGCAAAUAUAUUACAGAUUGAUUCAGAUCUAGUUAAGAGCGCAAUAUCAAUGUUCAUUAGAUUAGGAUAUGCACAUAAAAAGCAUAUCGAUCUUGAUAAGUCACAGAUUCACUCAUCUUGGUACUCAAAACUUAUACAAGAUUCAAAGAGUAGUAAUUUUGUAUUGGAGAAAGUGCCUCUUGAUAUGAACCUCGACUUAAACAAUGGUAAUAGUGAAGAUUCUGCUAGCUCAAAGAUUGGGAAGGAGUCACUUACUACUCCCCUAGAUAUCGAUUCUUCUGCAUUAACACCUACCAACUAUGGAAAGCGGAUUGCGUUUCUUUUUGAUUCAACAUUGACGGCUUUUCUGAUGAUGGGAAAUCUUUCGCAAGGUUUGAAGAGCCAUGCUGUGACGAUGUUUGAAGUUGGAAAGCUAUCUAAUGAAUCUCUAGAUUGCUUUGUAACCGAACUAGAUAAGGUUGAACAAGAUGCAGCAGAAGGAGAAGCAAGAAGAUAUUUUGAUCAUGCUCUGACAUUAUGCAAAACGAUUAAAUUCCUUCGCUAUAACGAAGAACUAGCGAAGCAGCUGUGUCCAGAAGAUAACACUUGCCCUGGUUUAGAUCUUCUGCGAUGUGAAAGUCUGAACAGCUUAGACUCUCUAACUUGCAGCCGUAUUAUGAACAAAAAUUAUCACUUAAUAAUAUCCAUGGCUCCUUUAAGCUAUGAGAUUCGAUCUGUUAGUAGUUGUGUACCACCACAUAUUGGCCCACCAAUCCCUGAAGUAAAUUCCGUAUGGUUUAAGUUAUGGCUGUAUGAAAAGAUGAAAGCUGGGCCUCCGUCAUUACUGCUUGUGAAGGGGCUAAGAUUGAAAUGUAUUCCGUCAAUGUUUUUGAAAUAUGAUAAGCUCUUGAUGACUGCUUGGGGACACGAUUCCACCGAAGUAGCUACUUCAAAUGUCUUGAUUGCAUUAAAUGAUGCUUUAACUCACUCAGCAGUUCUGCUUCAAGCUUAUGGUUAUAAAGCAUCGGGGGAUACUGUCCCUAUUCCAAUUCCCUUUGAUAAGAAUGACGAUAUAAAAUUGCCAAGGUCUCAAUACAAUGAAGUUGUCGAUACCUUAGAAAAACACUUAGAACUCCGAUAUACAUGUGGCUAUCUAACCAUGCUUUGCCUUGACUCCAAAGACAACAAACGUACCUCCAAGGACUUUCAGAUUCAUGCAGCGAAGGAAGGAAUUAAUGAAGCUAGCGAGAAUUUACCAGAUGAUUCACUUACGUGGCUACCUUUAGAACUAGUUUUUGGCCUACCACUAUUUGAUGCUGAACUAAAUUUAAAAAUAUGUCAUAAAAUUAUAUCGUUUAAUUUAUGUGACGAAGAAAAUCUGCGACAGUCAUUGAACGCGAGUAGAAAACUAUCACUGAACAUUCUUAAAUUUAUUUCAACAUAUCAGGACUUACCUGUCGGUGUGGAGCCAAGCCCAGAAGCUCCAAUAACUGCUAUGUAUCCAUGCGGAAAUACCAAAAUAGCAGAAGUUCCUUAUCCUACAAGAUGCCUUAUUUUUGAAAACGGGAAAUUAGAUUUUUGGGCACCGUCGUGA